CUUCCACUGAAAAAGACCCUUCUCUCCUAAUUAGCAACAUACGAAGACAUAUCCCGCUCUCUUAUUCCGAUCUCUCUCUCUCUCUCUUGGUUAUUCUCUCUUCGCCGCGUUCUGCUUUCCAAGGGAAAAAAAAUUGUUCUGCAGAUUUCGCAGUGGCCACAUUGUGAUUGUAGUUCAGCUUAUAAGUCUUGAUUUGUAGGUUUGUGUUUAUUCAAUGGGGGAUGCAGAAAAUGCCCUUCCACUGACAAAGAAGAGGGCUGCAGGAAGGGAACUUUCUAGAGACAAUCCUGGUCUUGAUGAUGAAGAUUCGUCUGAUCAAGAAACUGGAACUUUUAAGAGGGCUAGUGAUGAGGUGAUAGCCAACAGAAGAAUUGUCAAAGUUCGUCGCAGUCAAACCUCAUCUAAUCCUUCACCGAACCCAUUUGCUGCGAUUCGCUUGGUCCCUGCUACCGAACCUGGGGUGGCAGGAAAAGAUGCUGGCAAGGAGGAUGCAGGAAAAGAUGAUGUGACGGAGGAAGCAGAAAAAACACUUUCAAAGGAUACAGGAAAAGAUGCUGGCAAGGAAAGUGAGAAGGAUGGAGAUGAGAAUAUUAAGAAAUCAGAAAGCAAGAGUUGUGGUGAACCAGUUGCCGAAGCUGCCACAGACAAGGAUAGCACUGAAGAUAAGAAGACUGAGAUUGUCAGCGAGGUAACAAAGCCGGAGGUUGAUGAUGGAAAAACUGCUGGAGUUGAUAAGGAUGAGAAAGAAGAUAGGAAUAAGAAUGGUAAUAAGAAUGUUGAUCAAGGUACACAAGGUGCCACUUUGAGUUCAUUCCAACAGCUUUCAAGUAGCCAAAAUGCUUUCACUGGACUUGCUGGGACAGGGUUUUCGACUUCCACAUUCUCCUUUGGUUCAAAUACCAAAGAAGGAUCUGGUUUCAGUGCAAGUUCUGGUUCUCUAUUUGGGCAGAAGAAUGAUCAGCCUGCCUUUAGUUUUGGUCUCUCAAAUAAUGGAAAUUCAUCAUUCUUUAACACUACAGGGGCUUCUAUCAUUCAUAAGAGUGAGGGAAGCGGUUUCCAGUCAAUGCAGGAGGUUGCGGUUGAGACGGGAGAAGAGAAUGAGAGAGUAGUUUUCUCUGCUGAUUCUGUGUUGUUUGAGUUUACUGAUAAAAGUUGGAAGGAGCGGGGAAAGGGUGAAGUUAAGGUAAAUGCCUCUACAACAGGAAUUGAUAGAGCCAGGCUUGUUAUGAGAGCCAGGGGAAAUUACAGGUUAAUUUUGAAUGCCAGUCUUUACCCAGAUAUGAAGCUCACUAAUAUGGACAAGCGAGGAAUCACAUUUGCCUGCAUCAAUAGCAAUGGUGAAGGGAAGGAUGGCCUGUCCACAUUUGCCCUGAAGUUCAAGGAUGCCUCUGUAGUGGAAGAGUUUCGAGCGGUUGUGGUUGCCCACAAAGAUAAAACGCCAGCAGUUUUGAAGACGCCAGAAAAUUCCCCCAAAGCUUCAGAUGAAUGAGUAACUGCAGAGAAAUGCAAAAUAAUGUGGUUCCUGUAUGAAGUUGUGGACGUGCGUCUUGUCUCCAUGGUGGAUAUGUAGUAUCUUGAAUAGAGCUGGUUGUUUCUAGGCCUUGUGUAGCAGAGUUUACAAGUCCAAUGUCUUUUCAGUAUUUAGUCGCGGUCUAGUCCUUGAGAUUGUUAUUAAGUAGUACUUUAUUUUGUCUGCGGAAUCGGCUAAUCAGACCUUCGUCGUUCAAAAUGCAGAGCAAUUCUGAAGCCAUACCCUUGAGAUGGUUAAAUUAAAUAGGCAUAUUGGACAUUUUGUCGAGUAUUCAGUCGUAUGGAUCCGGUUUAUGCCAGUGUCCUUUCGAUGUCCACAAAGUACUGUUUCUUGUUAAAUCUGUAUGUUUGGUUUGUCCUGCAGCAUUUUGUAUGCAACAACUGUUGCUUAGCCAUGGCUCCUUGCAGGCUUAUCUUA